UUUUACUGACACCUUAGACCGUUGGUUUAUUCACAACAAUGUGGGUUACAAUUGCCUCUCAACCUUUCAUCCCAACCCCAAUUCCACCUACACCCUUCCUCUCCUUCCCGAAACUUCCACAACCACCAACAAAGUCCGUCCAAUUACGGCGGAGAAACCGAUACCCGGCAGUCGUCGCCGCCACCGUUUCUCCCCAUGACAUUGGUGGGCUGGGCCAAGCGGUGUUCAGUACCCUCGAAUCCGGCCCAUCAGCGGGUUCGAAUCCAAGCAAGAAGGUCCAACAAGAAGAAAAGUCGGGUAAAGAGAUAAGCGGGUCGGAUAUACUGAGGGCUUUGCAGAAAGCAAGCGCUAAAAAGGCCAGCACGAAGAAGCAACAGCAGAAGAAGAAAGGGUCAAUUGAAUUGAAGAGGGAGAAAAAUGGGAAGAAGGUGGUUGAUUAUGAUAAGGUCCGACCCAUAACUGUAAAGAGUGAUUGGGCUACCCGAUUGGAUGAUCUUGAGAAACGUCUUCAAGAAUUCUCUGCUCUCUGAAGUCUGAACAGCUGCAAACAGCAGAUAUGAGUUCCGCUUCGGUGGUAGGAUAGACAGCAUCAGCUGCACGACAGAUGCUUCUGUCCGGGAAGGACCCCUGAGAGUUGGUGACGAUGCAGUUGGAGUUGCCGGAAGAGCAUUUGAUUGGUUCCUCCGGAGCAACACAAUCACAGGUAACAGUAUUACACCAUUGAAGUAAACAGUAGCUAAUAAUCAGAAGAAGAAGAAAACAACAUUUAGACAUACACAACGCCAUUUACGUAAUUAAUUAGAUACUUUGUUCCAACCUAGUAGUAAGUAACUACGGAGUAUAAAUAUACAUUGUUAGGUGUAUUAGUUAUGAUAAAUUGUAGAAGUCCUUGUUUAUAUAUGGAUGCCUUGGGGGGGUGGUUAAGAUCCUGAUGUUUGUAUUUUGUAUUUUUGUUAAAUUAUGAGAGGGCGAGAAAGCGAACUAUUUCUUUAAUUAAGAUUACUUGCUGAAAAUGGCUCAUUAUCAUAUUCUAGGUCAAUUUACUUGAUGAUAUUCUACAAGUUUUACAGAA